UCGAAGAUACGGAUAAAUACGCCUGGCACGACGUGUGCCUGUCGUAUAUAUAUUUUGCGUUGAGAGUGGCCAGUUGACUCGAACACGCCCGAGAGUGUCCUCACGCUUUCAUGUCACCGCCCACACAAGCUCAGCUGUACGAAAUCAUGUGAUUGAUUAAUGCUAUCGAUGCAGCCGGCGACACACACUUGACAGGCACAAAUGGCCGUACGUAAGCGUGACAUCAUGAGUCUGUUCCUCUUGGGAUGCUUGUACUUUCAUAUCGUAACAACGCCCGCCAACUGCGAGCAACCCGGCUCAGAUUCUAAUAUCGCCGAGAUUACGGAAGAGUAUUACGACGCCUACAACUGCACGCUAAGCAACGCGAGAGCGGAGUCGUGCCGCUGUUCGCGCGAGGCCGGCGAUUGCUGCCUGAUGUGCUGCCUCAACGCAGCGGAGUCUGAAAGUCGAUGCUGCUACUGCUACGACUGCAGUCUGUGCCGGCACGAGCAGCAUUUGCAACUGCUGACGAUGACACGAGUCAGUGUCUCCAUACUGUUCGGAUUCGGUAUAUUCGGCCUGAUCAUAGUUUACUGCAAGAUAUGCAGAAGGCGUGCAUGCAGGAAGCUCCACCAUCAUAUCCGGAGACGCCGAAACAGGAGAGGACCGAUAGGUUCAAUGAGUCACGUUCCUCACCGCCCACGACUCAAUAUAUUUAAUGAUAUCUGCGCAAGCCAUGAGCUAUUAUACGAGCAAUAUAAUAGCUCGCCUUGCCUUUGUAUAUAUGCGCGAAUAAAAUCAAUUGUUUCGUCUAUUUUAUUUUUGGCUUUCAGACUUUUACUUUGGACAGCAUUGUUUUUUUUCAGAUUAAUCAUAAUUUAAUAGUAGAAUAUUAUUUAUCUAAUCGAUGGAAGAAAUUUUUGCUAAGAGAUGGCAGAGCCGCAAAAUGCUACGUUAAUUCAUUUUCGAAAUUCCUUUCCCAUUUUGCGGAAUCUUCGCGAUACGAUAAUAAAAAUAAUAAAAAUAUUUUGCGACACGAUAAUAAAAAUAUAAUUCGAUAUAAUUCACGAUAAGUUACAGCUUUCGGUGUCACGAUUAUCGCAACGUGAACAACGCCGCGCGACGCUGUUGGUGAAGAAGGGUAAUGAAAAUUACGUUUCGUAAUUAUAUAAUGAAAAUGUCAUUUAUUUGAUGUGGUGCAAUGACUUAAAGUAAAAUGGAAAAUGAAUGUCUGUAUGAGCUGGGUUCAAUGAACGGCGCGCGCGCGCGCGCGCUUAACAAUCCUCGCAGUUCAGCCACUACCGCCACGUGUUGUUUCGUUUCGUUUUACAAAAGAGCGCGGUUUUUCUUUUUCAUUUCUUUCAUUUUGUUUUUCUUCUAAAUGCAAUAUACAACGGACGUAUCCGUAGCAGAAAGAGAAAGAGAGAGCAGGUGUACGGUAGCUGCUGCCUAGUAGUAGCGGUGGUGGUCGAUCGGUCGUCGACACGCGCCGGCUUUCAUCAUGAUGAGGUAACACUUGUCUUACUUGUACUUAAUAGUUUAUCAAAUUAUAUCCAGUCAUACGCUCGUAUUAUUCCUGCUGCAAAUUGAUUUCGUACAGAAUUGUGCCUACAGGUAUAUCCGUGUUCUUUUGUAUCUGUGUCUCCUCGCGGUUUCGCUAUCUCGAUCGGAAUUCGUUUCGUUCUGUUUCGCUAUUGUUUGUUCCACAUUUCUGUUUUUCGUACUUCUCUUUCUUUCUCUAGAAAAAGACAUUCAACGUAUGUGUGUGUGUAUGUGUGUGUGUGUGUAUUCCACAAGAGAAAAUCGCCGCACAGUCCCAAAGAUAGAUAUGAAAAUUGUUGCAGAGUAUAGUCGCGGAUUUUUAAAAUAUAUGUGAACCAAUACGAACGGCCAAAGUCUGUUCCUUAAAUCGCUACUACACACCGCUUUCAUAUCCUUUUUCUUUUCUUCCUAUUUAAGCCCUAUCGCACCAAGGCUCAAAUAAAAAGAAAGCACGUAGAAAAACAGUGGAAAAAUUCUAACUAGGUUUUUUUUAUUAUUGAUCAUCAUGAUUAUUAUUGUGAUCGAUUCAUUAUCUCAUAAAAUCUUAUCCGUCAAUGCACUACGCCAAACAUUAUUAAAGAUCCGCACAACUUUCUGCCUCUAUAUUCGAUUCGUCGGCGUUACGUUAACGUCAUUGAAGUUAAAGCAUCAGUAGUGUGUCUUUCAAGGAACAUGAGCUUAGCGCAGUCUGUGAAAUAAAUUGCGAUGCUUGAUUGUUGUACGGUUCCCCUCGUAAAAGUAUAGAAUAUUAUCCAUGUACGGGUUGUUCGGUUUUUAUAAAAUACACAACAGAUAUGUACACAGUGUAAAAGUCGUAAAAUGACGCUAGGUUUGGGACUGUCCGGGGCAAUGACUGUUGCUUACUAUAAAUGUAUUUUAUGUAACAAGUAAAUUCACUGGCUGCCAAGAUCGUCAGGGGGAGUGGCGGGCGGGCGAGGGGGGUUUGUCUCUCUAGAAAGGAUCGAUUACGCAAUUGCAGUAAUUACAGUGGUCUUAUCACAGAACAUGUAUGGCAUUAAUCGUCAUCAUUAAUGAUGUGUAAAUGGUAAUAAGUAUUUCGCAUUAUUUAAAACUCGAUUCUCUCUCGGUAAAGCUAAAAUUCUCGGAGGAUCAGGAAGCCAGUACACGGUACUAAACGAUUGAUUAUUGUUUCCGCCGCUUAUGGUUGCCCAUAAUUUCAGUUCAUUGACCACAAAAUUUCGCUAUUAUUUAUUUCUUUUUUUUUCUUUUUAAUUCUCAAAUCAAUUAUCAAUCACAAAAUAAAAGGAAACGAUCGUAACACCGCUCUAUACAAUUGACUAACGUUUAUAUUUUACACAAUUCGCUUUUUAAUCGGUUUCUCCCUUUUUGCUCCUUCUCUUCAAUCUCUUAUACGUGUGCGAUUUGUAGUAACGCGCAGUCGAAUUUCGAAUUGCCGAUCGUAACGUUCGUAAAGUAAUAUAAAUGUGAUCCGCGACGGGGACGUGCGAUCGACGACCCCCAUCGUGACCGAUUCAACGUAUAUCCGAUAAAUUAUGGACAACCCUAAAUUUAAUAACAUAAUCAUUAAUAAUAAUUAAUUAAUAAUAAUAAUUCGAUCCUAUCACUUUGCUUACAGUACGCAAUACUCCAGAAAACAAGACAAACUGUGCCUACCGACGCGGGACGGGGAGGAGAGGGGAUCAGGAAGGGUAAUUGGGUUUUAUCGCCGCAAUGAGGAGAAAGGAGGGGGGCGGUGGAGUCGGAGGGAGAGAUGUUUCUUUAUCCGUAGACAAAAAAAUAUACGAAAAUACGUAGGGCACAGAUUGCGCGUAGCGUUAAUAGUAAUAAUAAUAAUAUAAUAAUUAUAAUAAUAAUCGUACAUAUUCAGAGAAAGAGAUCAUAAAAAAAGAACACUAACUAGAAUGAUUUUCUCCGUCUUGGAAGAGUUUGAGACGCACUAGAACUAAAAAAAAA